GCGGCGAGGACUUGGCCGUUGAGAGCAUAGACAUCUAUACGUAGAUGCCUCGUGACGUGCUGGAGAGUGAUCCAGUGCUCCGCCAUACUGGUUGGGUCUCUCCACUCAACGCUAGCACCAGAGUCAAUCGGAUUCAACAGAGAGCGAGCAAUUAUGUCCGUAUUUUGUGCAGUUUACGGUUGCAAUAACCGACGCAGUAUUGAUACCAGAUCGCAUGGGAUUACAUUUCACAAGUUUGCUAUAAGACGCAAUGGUUUUGUUGUGACUGAGUCGUCAAAGCUCUGUAGUGAACACUUCAAGCCUGAUGAUUUUGACAGGAUGGGUCAGAUUGUCAGGCUUAGAGAUGGUGCGACCCCAUCUGUCUUCAACUUUCCAUGUCAUCUCCAAAGAGUAGGUGACCACUCCUAUGCAUUGCCCAAUUCUUCUACUCGUCUAAAGGCCAGACUCACUGAAGCUUUGGCUAGAGUGGAGAGUCUAGAGCGGGAGAAGCAAAAUGCAAAGACCCGGGAACGGAGAGCAAAGAAAACAGUAAAGAGUCUUCUGGAAGAUCUGAAGGAAAAGAACCUUAUAAAUGAGGAGUUGAAUGAAAGGCUUGGCUUCCACUCUGAUCUUCCGGUAGACCUCUUUUCAAAGCGGGGCCAUGAAUACACCAAGGACCAGAGAGAGUUUGGCCUCACACUGCACCUCCAUGGUCCGAAAGCCUACAGUUACCUGAAGGAUUCUCUGCAUCUUCCCCUGCCACAUCCACAUACAUUGCAACGGUGUAGUACAUGUUUUUUUUAUUACACGUUCUAAACAUACUGGUUAAAAUACUUAAAACACUUCAGCCCUACAUAAUGUACAACAAACAUGGAACUGAUGUAAAAGUUUUGAGCUAUUUUCUCUAUUUUUAGUAGUAUUGGAAAAAAGAACAAUU